AUGCGGAAUGGUAACUACGCCGAAGCGGAGGAAAAGAACACAUCAACAACAUCGUCGUUUGAAAUGGCGAGUCGAGCGCCGAGUUUCGUUGUAGUUGGUCUCGUUCUGAUCACAUUCCUGGUAGGAUUUUUCUACAUGUCAUGUUCGUCGAGAACUACUGAACUGCAGCGAACUGUCGAUGACUUCGAAAGUCGGAUACGAACGUUAAUGCUCAAAAAUAGUGAUAAAGAUAAGCAACUUGAUUCGUUGAACAACAAGAAAACUGCUUUGUUAGAAGAGAAGUUGAGUCUGAAGAAACAACUGGAGAAAAAAGAUACGGAAAUCAGUGAUCUCAAUACGAAAUUAAAUGAAAGAUUAAUGGAACUUCGAAAUUUGAAAACGGAUAAACAACUUCUCGAUCAACGAUUAAAAGAAUUUCGAAAUACAAGUAAUAUGUUGGCCGCGAGUAAUUUUGAUAUUAGUCGAUUGAAGCAGGAAUUAGAUGAGCAAAAAAAAUCCAAUAAGGCGCAAAUGGCGCGAUUCGAAGGCGCAAAUGACAGUUAUAAAAAUCGAUCAAAUCCUUCAGGUGGUCAAUUUCUAGAAUUCGCUAAUCAACGUUUCAAACCGUUAUUAUCAGCUAAUGAAACAGUCAAAAAUACUUCAUCAAUUUUACAAGAACCUUUAACUAAAAUUAGUAAUUGGACCAAAGAAAUCAAGAAUAGAUUUGCUCCAGUCGUCUCGGACAUGAAAGAGAAAAUCUCAAAUGACUUGAAUAAUAAAAGUGAUACAAGUGUUGAUCAGAAUAUUCCAGCACCACCAGUGGAUAACGACAAAGAGCAUGGAAAUCGUCGAUUCGGAAGAGUAGAUGAUGUUGACAAUCAACAACAACGAGAUAUCGAGACUCGUCAACGUCGAUAUCGAUCAUUGAAUCGUACUGAUCGUGAUACUGAACAAGAUGACGGUAAAAACAAUGUGCAAAAGGAGCCAUCUCGUGUUCGUCGUACGUUUUCCAAUAAUGCUAAUGUUGCCAAUGGAUUAGAUGACGAAGUUUCUCGCUUAUCAAAACACAGUCGAAAAUCUCGCAUUGCUGGACGUGAAGAGCGUCGAAAUCGUCUGGUAGAUAAUGAAGAUGGAAAUCAAGUGAUACGUAAUCGUCGUAAAAAAUCGGACGAUAUUGGACAAAAGAUUUCGAAUGUACUGGUUUCAGUCUGUAACCUAGACAAGCCGUUAUCAGUAUUUAAAAGUCCAAAAGUUGAGAUAGGUGAAAACAAUAGUAUUGCAAUUUCAUGUGAUCGAUAUAACGUCGCCCACACCGUACAAGAUGAUUCUGUGAUUAUUAACUUUCUAUCGAAUGCUGUAUUAAAAUUAGAUCGUAGUGUUCGAUGUUCGGCAAAUUCGUCACCAGAAACGGUGAAUGGAUGUGCUCAUCAAUGUGCGAAUCUUGGUUAUGGUCGAGAUGGUGAAAUUUUCCUUGAUUUACAGCAUCCUAACGGUACCAAUGAAACCUGUUCGACAGCAUACCGUACCGAAUUACAAGCAGCGAAAUUUGAGUUUUUUCAUGUUCCCGGUGAUCGAAUUCGUAUAGGGGUUGUGCGUCCAGAAGGAUCUUUUGAUUAUGUUAAUGUUUAUUGCUCAGAAGAUGAGCCUCAAACGAUUUUCAAUACCAGCACGCCAACGAAUGAUUCCACGCAGACAGUUGAUUGCUCGUUUUUACCGAAUCUGCCAUUGACAGAUAUUUCACUCGAAACGAUUAAGGAAGAUUUUCGUUCAGCACUUAACAAUAUCAAUCGAGAAGUUCCAUUGCCCAUACAAUAUAGCGCUUCUUUUAAUUCUCUGUUACUCACCAUAUUCGCCAACGCACCACCAGCGAUGAAUCUAGGUAGUACUUAUGAAUUACAUUUAAGCUUUUUUGACAAGAAUAAUCAAAACCUCACCUAUGAAAGAGCACGAGUAGUCAAUCUUAAUCCCAGGCUUGGCGCAACAUUCAACUAUGGUCUUAUACCCAAUUUAAACCAUACGAUUACGUUCAAACAUGUUGUCAAUUCGACUAUCUAUGCUAUUUCUACUUCCACAGUGUUGCCAGUGUCAACUAAUCCAUAUCCAUACGAAGUGACAAAUCUUCGUGUUCGAGAAGAAUUUCAGAAUAUCAUCGUCAGUUGGAAUCACAUGCAUUAUUCUGAUGAUCCAAUUGAAUUUAUUGUGUCAUGUAACUCGAAUAAUAAUGUAACAGCCAAUGUGAAGCAAGAAACUACGUAUGUUUGUGAAAAUCUACACUUCAAUGAGACAAAUAGUAUCUCAGUGGAAACACGAAUAGCCGUACCUAAUUAUCGACACGAUCAUACAACGAUUGUGACAAUCAAUAUUCCACAAGUGCCCUGGAUACCAGAUGUAGAAGUUUAUUACAAGACAGAAACUGACAUCGCCAUCCGAUGGAACUAUAGAGAUGAUCUACUGCGAACAGAUUCAUUUCAAUAUAGAAUACAAUGUGGCUCCAAUGGUACUUUGUUUCCACUGUACAUUCAAGCGAAUGAACACCGAUGUGAAUCACUGGAACAAGGUGCAUUGCAUCUGAUCACCAUCUAUGUCGUAAAUAUGAAUAACACGAUUCAACGAAAGAAAAGCAUUUUAGAAGCAACAUUACUUCCGAAAUGUCGGUACCGAAGUCAUUUCUAUUCAUCUGAUAUGAACGGUACUCGUUUUGUUAUCAUCGAAUGGAGUCCACCCGACCAAGUGUUCGAUAAAAUACAUGUUCUAUGUCCAUCUGCGUAUAUUCCGUUUCAAUACCAUCAAAUCACGUCGCUGAUGUACUUCAAAUGUGAAGUUACGAAUGGUCUCCCAUACGACAUAACAUUUCAUACUAUGAAGAGCGGUUUUCCACUAGCAACAUAUCGGUUUACUGACACCGCACCAAUGGAUCCUACGACAUCUACGAUGAUAACAACAGCAACAACUUCGAGUAUCACAGACAUUACUAGAGUUACGACCCCAGAAACAACAUGGCCAAUUAAUCCUGUACAAUCAUCAAUAACAACAAAGACAACAUCGACGACAUUUGCUACAGGAACCUCAACAAAUUCCACACAUCCAGAUUGCUCUCCAGACACCAUUUCAACCAUACGAACUGAUUUAACACAAUGGCGAAUUGCUGCUAUCAUCGCUUUCAUUAUAGCUGGAUUUCUGGCUAUACUGAUCAUCCUUUUGAUUAUUUUCUCUGUAAUUCUAUAUUCGCGAAAUCGAUCUGGUGAUCACAAUGAAUAA